UGCAGUUAAUUAAGAUCAAAAUAGCCUAAACUAAAUGUUAAUACGUUUUGUUUUUCUAAAGCAAGCUAAAUUAUGUCCGCCAGAUGUUACUGUACACUGAUGUGAGGCGAAAUGAUAAAGAAAUUACAUAAACCAUGUCUGAAAUAUACAGCUGCACAUUCUCCAAGUAUAGUGUGAAAUUGUGUACUAGUCUAUUGUGUAUGAAGAUUUGUGUCUGAACAGACACCCAUCCAUCAUUAGAUUCACUAACUAGUACACUCAGCCAUGAAGCUGCAUCAUUCAUAGAUAGAUAGAUAGAUAGAAAGGUGACUUUAUUAAUCCCCAAAGGGAAAUUAGGUCGUCAUAGCAGUCUGGUAUAUUUGAAUACAAUAAAAAUACAUUAGAAUAAAAUACUGAGGUGGAAAAAAUAAAACAGAAUGGGACAAGGACACUUGAUAAAUAGGUAGCUAAAGUGCAGGCAAGAUGAUGGUACAAGCCUAUUUCUUAUCAAAAUGACACUCAUAAAAUACACUGUGUGUAUCUAUGUGGCUGUCUUGAGGGCAGAAGGACAAAAACAAGGAUUGUAAACAAAGAAACAACCCAGUAAAGAAGAAAUUAACAAGAGACAUACAGUAUGUAAUAACACAGGAAGGCUAAAUCUGCAAUUACUGAACAAAGCCACCAAAACUGUGUGUAUACUGUGUAUGCACAGAGAGCCCAUAAAAGCCACACAGUAAAAGCAAGUAUUUUAUAAUCCAUUCAUGUGUGUUUUAGUAUACUCUGUAAAAUUAGAUCUGCUUACCUUACACUAUACAUUGCAUGCAGGAAUGGAUGAUGAUGGACCAGAAGAGGCCUUUGCUGCCCUUAAGACAGAACAUCUCGGAGUAUGGGGCGUUGCUCAGAUAGCUGCUGGCACUGGGCUUGCUGUUUAUGCCAUGUGGGUGGGAAUCCUCCAGCCUGGCUUCCGAAAAGUCCCCUUGAAGCUGCAGGUCCCGUACAUUCCUGCCAGCAAAGCCCAAGUAGAUAAUGUGAUGACAUUGCUCAGAGGUCGAAAAGGAGGCCUUGUUGAUUUGGGAUCUGGUGAUGGCCGCAUUGUCUUGGAAGCCCAUAGGAAGGGUUUCACUCCUGCUGUUGGUUAUGAGCUCAACCCCUGGCUUGUUCGCCUGGCCCGCUUUCAUGCAUGGAGAGCAGGCCAUCAUGAAAAAGUGUCAUACCGACGAGAAGAUCUCUGGAAGGUCGACUUAACAGAAUGCAAGAAUAUCACAGUGUUUUUGGCUCCUAGUGUGCUUUCAUUGCUGCAGCAGAAGUUGCAGGCUGAGCUGCCUGAUGAUGCCUUAGUGAUAGCUGGUCGUUUUCCCUUCCCUGACUGGAAACCCUGCAGGAUUGAGGGACAUGGUGUGGACAGAGCCUGGGCAUACAACAUGCAAACACAAAGACAGCACAUCUUUAAGAAAAAUGACACGCUAAAGGAUAGCAUCAGUGAAUUAACCAGGGAGAAAGGAUCCACUUGAAGCUACAUGGAUGUUUCUAGUCUUAAAAUGAAAUUAUACCGUGUAUCAUGAACUUAAAUAUCCUUCGAUGGAAUAUCGAAAACGUUAACGUCAACUGUACUGCCUGAAUACUUUUUGACUACAUCUACAAUCGGAUGUGUCUAACAGAGUACUGAAAACAGCAAACAGAAAUUCUCAGUUGUACCGUUUUGAUGGAUGGAUUCUUUCAUUUGCAAUGUUUGAAAUACGUUUGAACCAGAAAUUUCAAAGGAAAACCACACCUUUGCCACUUGGAACAGUGUGGAUGAAAUUACCUGCCUGGGGGUAGCAAUCGUUUAAAUGUUUUAUCAUUUGUCGUUUUGUUCUGUGUGUGUGGCAUAUAUGAGUAUAUGUCACACAACUGAAGAUUAUUUUAUGUUUUUAUUGAUCGUAUUCUUAUACAGGCUGGUGCUGUAAAUGUCUUUGCACUAGCAAGCAUGGAUUGUGACUCUUCAUAAAGUGAUUGUAACACUUAAUGUAUUAUGAAGUAUAAACUUCAUAAUACAUCCCUGGACAGUGUGAAGUUAUCUCUCUAUACAUUUUAGCACAUGUACUGUGUUGUUUUUGACUGUUGCCUUUUCUCUUGAUUCUCUUGAAUGUUUGUUUUUAACUUGCUGUGAUAGUUUCUGCUAUAAAACUUAAGUUAUGGUCUAAUUUAUGCGAGGACUAAAUGUGAGCAUACUGUUUGGGUGAAACAAAAUGCUGGAUUAACUACAAGAUCCAGGAUAGUUCUGAGGAUAAACCGAAUGAACACCAACCGAAGUAGCAGCAUAUAUAAUGACUGGCCACAUACACUUGUACAAUUCAGUAUGAUCCAAUAAAACAACUCUGCCAUAAAUUUCACUUCUUCAAAGCUCAUAACUUAACAGUUUUUGUUGACGCUGUCAGAGAGGUAAUGAUUCUACUUUGAGUUCAUUAUUGAGGUCUUAGUGGGUGCAUUAUAUUGAGAGGUGUUUCUAAUAUUAUGGCUAUCAUGUAUGUAAAUGCAGUGGCCAAAGUAUUAGAAACACUUCUCAAUAUAAUGCAGUCCAAAUUAACACUACUGCAAACUACAACCUUAAUAGUAAACAUGAUGCUUAAAUAAAUACCUUUCUGACAGCAUCAGGAAUAAAUGAUAAAUUAUAUGGCAGAGUUGUUGUAUUGGAUCACACUGGAUUGUAUAAGUGUAUUUAAUGAAGUAGCCGAUCGGUGUAGUUAUAUAUGAAAAAAAGGCCAGUGAGGAGUGGAGAGAAAUCUAAAUAUUCCUACACCUGCAAACACCAAAUUGUAUAAUGUUGCUUGGAAACUUCUGCAGAAAAUAAAUUAGCUUUGAGGUAAAGUACUGCAGAUACAUGACUCUGAGGAGGGCAAGACAGAUUUAUUUUUUAAAGGUAGUGUAUGUGUAUCUUGUUUUUUAGUUUUUCAGUUUAUGUAACGUUAUUUCUGUACUGGAGGUUAACUCUAUUCUAGCAAUAUUAUAUGAGCAUUUUGGAUGUGAUUUUAGGGCUUAUAUAAUAUGGAAAUUACUUUUUUAAUACACAACGUGUGAAU